AUGAUCGUACCACGUCAAUCCCGUGCCCCGACCGGUACACACCCCUUGCCCGGGUCCCCCCUUCAUAGUCACACCCCCUGCCUCCUCAUGCCAUCCGCUCCCCCCCGCCCCCACCCUCCGCGUGCCCGCUCCCUUGCCGCCUCUUUUGACCCUCCCUGCCCCCCUCGCCGUUUCCCACCGCCCGCCAUUCGCUCCUCCCCGCCCGUGCGCUCCCCUCGUUUACCUUCUCCUCCCCCCUCCCCUCCUCUGCUGCACGCCUCUUCCUUCCCCUCGCCGACCCACUCCACUCCCUGCCCCUCCUCAAUCCGCACCCUGCCCCUCGUAUCUCGCCCCCCUAUGCUUGGUUUCUCCCCUCCCUGCCCCUCGCCGCCUUUCUCCGCUCCCCACCUCCCCCCUCUCCCUGCUCCCCCACUCUCCCCCCCUUGCCCUUGGCUUCCUACCUCCCUGCCCCACCUUUCCCCCCUCCGUGUGCUCAGCUUCUCCCCUCCCUGCCCCUCCCUCCUCCCCGCCCUGCCCCUCAUUUUCCGCCCCCCACGCCCGGUUUCUCCCCUCCCCGCGCCUCCCUUUCUUUCUCCGUGCCUCUCCUUUGCUCCCUCCCUGCCCCCGCCUGCCCAUGCCCCUGUCUUUGGCUUCUCCCCUCCCUGCCCCACGUUUCUUCCCUCCCUGCCCCCCCUCUGCCCCUCCCUUGUUUUCCCCUCACCCAUUGCUUCUCCCCUCCCUGCCCUUGAUUUCCCGCACCCCUGCCCUUGUUUCCUACCAUCCAUGCCCCUCGUUUCCCCCCUUUGUACGUUCAGCCUCUUCCCUCCCUGCCCCUCCCCUCCUCCCCCCCUGCCCUUUGCGUUCCCCUCGCUACGCUCACCUUCUCCCCAUCCCUGCUGCCCUCUUGCCACCAUCAGCCCAUCCGCACCACCAGCCCCCCUCCCACCCUUCUCUCCCCCCAUCCCUUUCCCUCUCUCUCUCUCUCUCUCUCUCUCUCUCUUUUCUCACACACACACGCACACUCCCCUCCCCCACCCCCCACCCACGUCCUCCCAUUCCGCCCCUCCCUGCCCCUUUCCCACCCCCUCGCACGCCCCUCACCUCCCACCUCCGUGCAACUGGUUUCCCCCCUAUGGUGCCUCCCUUGCAUCGCUCGCCCCUCUGCUCACCCUCUGCCCGCCCCUUUUCCGUGCCCUCAGCUGGCCCAGCCCCUGCCCGUUGCUGCCGUGUGCGGCUUCCAACCGCCCAACGGUGGUGCGCACGGGCGUAUUCUUUCUUCGCACGGGCAAGCCUCCCCGGGGGGCCCCCACCCCGCUGAGUCGUUCAAGGGGCAUAAAUGGGUACAACACGAGGACUUCCCGGGAGGUCACCCAGCCCAGUCACACCCCCUGCCUCCUCAUGCCAUCCGCUCCCCCCCGCCCCCACCCUCCGCGUGCCCGCUCCCUUGCCGCCUCUUUUGACCCUCCCUGCCCCCCUCGCCGUUUCCCACCGCCCGCCAUUCGCUCCUCCCCGCCCGUGCGCUCCCCUCGUUUACCUUCUCCUCCCCCCUUCCCUCCUCUGCUGCACGCCUCUUCCUUCCCCUCGCCGACCCACUCCACUCCCUGCCCCUCCUCAAUCCGCACCCUGCCCUCGUAUCUCGCCCCCUAUGCUUGGUUCUCCCCUCCCUGCCCCUCGCCGCCUUUCUCCGCUCCCCACCUCCCCCCUCUCCCUGCUCCCCCACUCUCCCCCCCUUGCCCUUGGCUUCCUACCUCCCUGCCCCACCUUUCCCCCCUCCGUGUGCUCAGCUUCUCCCUCCCUGCCCCUCCCUCCUCCCCGCCCUGCCCCUCAUUUUCCGCCCCCCCACGCCCGGUUUCUCCCCUCCCCGCGCCUCCCUUUCUUCUCCGUGCCUCUCCUUUGCUCCCUCCCUGCCCCCGCCUGCCCAUGCCCCUGUCUUUGGCUUCUCCCCUCCCUGCCCCACGUUUCUUCCCUCCCUGCCCCCCCUCUGCCCCUCCCUUGUUUUCCCCUCACCCAUUGCUUCUCCCCUCCCUGCCCUUGAUUUCCCGCACCCCUGCCCUUGUUUCCUACCAUCCAUGCCCCUCGUUUCCCCCCUUUGUACGUUCAGCCUCUUCCCUCCCUGCCCCUCCCCUCCUCCCCCCCUGCCCUUUGCGUUCCCCUCGCUACGCUCCCUUCUCCCCAUCCCUGCUGCCCUCUUGCCACCAUCAGCCCAUCCGCACCACCAGCCCCCCUCCCACCCUUCUCUCCCCCCCUCCCUUUCCCUCUCUCUCUCUCUCUCUCUUUCUCACACACACACGCACACUCCCCUCCCCCACCCCCCACCCACGUCCUCCCAUUCCGCCCUCCCUGCCCCUUUCCCACCCCCUCGCACGCCCCUCACCUCCCACCUCCGUGCAACUGGUUUCCCCCCUAUGGUGCCUCCCUUGCAUCGCUCGCCCCGCUGCUCACCCUCUGCCCGCCCCUUUUCCGUGCCCUCAGCUGGCCCAGCCCCUGCCCGUUGCUGCCCCUCCCCUUGCCCCCUCAACUCCCCUGCCCCCCGUACACCCCAGUCCCAUCCAACCGCCCCCACCCUCCCCCGGCUGCCCGUUUCCGCUCUCCACCCCCGCGACCGUGUGCGGCUUCCAACCGCCCAACGGUGGUGCGCACGGGCGUUUUCUUCGCAACGGGCAAGCCUCCCCGGGGGGCCCCCACCCCGCUGAGUCGUUUCACACCCCCUGCCUCCUCAUGCAUCCGCUCCCCCCCGCCCCCACCCUCCGCGUGCCCGCUCCCUUGCCGCCUCUUUUGACCCUCCCUGCCCCCCUCGCCGUUUCCCACCGCCCGCCAUUCGCUCCUCCCCGCCCGUGCGCUCCCUCGUUUACCUUCUCCUCCCCCCUCCCUCCUCUGCUGCACGCCUCUUCCUUCCCCUCGCCGACCCACUCCACUCCCUGCCCCUCCUCAAUCCGCACCCUGCCCCUCGUAUCUCGCCCCCCUAUGCUUGGUUUCUCCCCUCCCUGCCCCUCGCCGCCUUUCUCCGCUCCCCACCUCCCCCCUCUCCCUGCUCCCCCACUCUCCCCCCCUUGCCCUUGGCUUCCUACCUCCCUGCCCCACCUUUCCCCCCUCCGUGUGCUCAGCUUCUCCCCUCCCUGCCCCUCCCUCCUCCCCGCCCUGCCCCUCAUUUUCCGCCCCCCCACGCCCGGUUUCUCCCCUCCCCGCGCCUCCCUUUCUUUCUCCGUGCCUCUCCUUUGCUCCCUCCCUGCCCCCGCCUGCCCAUGCCCCUGUCUUUGGCUUCUCCCCUCCCUGCCCCACGUUUCUUCCUCCCUGCCCCCCCUCUGCCCCUCCCUUGUUUUCCCCUCACCCAUUGCUUCUCCCCUCCCUGCCCUUGAUUUCCCGCACCCCUGCCCUUGUUUCCUACCAUCCAUGCCCCUCGUUUCCCCCCUUUGUACGUUCAGCCUCUUCCCUCCCUGCCCCUCCCCUCCUCCCCCCUGCCCUUUGCGUUCCCCUCGCUACGCUCCCUUCUCCCCAUCCCUGCUGCCCUCUUGCCACCAUCAGCCCAUCCGCACCACCAGCCCCCCUCCCACCCUUCUCUCCCCCCCUCCCUUUCCCUCUCUCUCUCUCUCUCUCUCUCUCUCUCUCUCUCUCUUCUCACACACACGCACACUCCCCUCCCCCACCCCCCCACCCACGUCCUCCCAUUCCGCCCCUCCCUGCCCCUUUCCCACCCCCUCGCACGCCCCUCACCUCCCACCUCGUGCAACUGGUUUCCCCCCCUAUGGUGCCUCCCUUGCAUCGCUCGCCCCGCUGCUCACCCUCUGCCCGCCCCUUUCCGUGCCCUCAGCUGGCCCAGCCCUGCCCGUUGCUGCCCCUCCCCUUGCCCCCUCAACUCCCCUGCCCCCCGUACACCCCAGUCCCAUCCAACCGCCCCCACCCUCCCCCGGCUGCCCGUUUCCGCUCUCCACCCCCGCGACCGUUCACACCCCCUGCCUCCUCAUGCCAUCCGCUCCCCCCGCCCCCACCCUCCGCGUGCCCGCUCCCUUGCCGCCUCUUUUGACCCUCCCUGCCCCCCUCGCCGUUUCCCACCGCCCGCCAUUCGCUCCUCCCCGCCCGUGCGCUCCCCUCGUUUACCUUCUCCUCCCCCCUCCCCUCCUCUGCUGCACGCCUCUUCCUUCCCCUCGCCGACCCACUCCACUCCCUGCCCCUCCUCAAUCCGCACCCUGCCCCUCGUAUCUCGCCCCCCUAUGCUUGGUUUCUCCCCUCCCUGCCCCUCGCCGCCUUUCUCCGCUCCCCACCUCCCCCCUCUCCCUGCUCCCCACUCUCCCCCCCUUGCCCUUGCUUCCUACCUCCCUGCCCCACCUUUCCCCCCUCCGUGUGCUCAGCUUCUCCCCUCCCUGCCCCUCCCUCCUCCCCGCCCUGCCCCUCAUUUUCCGCCCCCCCACGCCCGGUUUCUCCCCUCCCCGCGCCUCCCUUUCUUUCUCCGUGCCUCUCCUUUGCUCCCUCCCUGCCCCCGCCUGCCCAUGCCCCUGUCUUUGGCUUCUCCCCUCCCUGCCCCACGUUUCUUCCCUCCCUGCCCCCCUCUGCCCCUCCCUUGUUUUCCCCUCACCCAUUGCUUCUCCCCUCCCUGCCCUUGAUUUCCCGCACCCCUGCCCUUGUUUCCUACCAUCCAUGCCCCUCGUUUCCCCCCUUUGUACGUUCAGCCUCUUCCCUCCCUGCCCCUCCCCUCCUCCCCCCCUGCCCUUUGCGUUCCCCUCGCUACGCUCCCUUCUCCCCAUCCCUGCUGCCCUCUUGCCACCAUCAGCCCAUCCGCACCACCAGCCCCCCUCCCACCCUUCUCUCCCCCCCUCCCUUCCCUCUCUCUCUCUCUCUCUCUCUCUCUCUCUCUCUCUCUUUCUCACACACACACGCACACUCCCCUCCCCCACCCCCCACCCACGUCCUCCCAUUCCGCCCCUCCCUGCCCCUUUCCCACCCCCUCGCACGCCCCUCACCUCCCACCUCCGUGCAACUGGUUUCCCCCCUAUGGUGCCUCCCUUGCAUCGCUCGCCCCUCUGCUCACCCUCUGCCCGCCCCUUUUCCGUGCCCUCAGCUGGCCCAGCCCCUGCCCGUUGCUGCCCCUCCCCGUUGCCCCCUCAACUCCCCUGCUCCCCCGUACACCCCAGUCCCAUCCAACCGCCCCCACCCUCCCCGGCUGCCCGUUUCCGCUCUCCACCCCCGCGACCGUCCAUCCGCUCCCCCCCGCCCCACCCUCCGCGUGCCCGCUCCCUUGCCGCCUCUUUUGACCCUCCCUGCCCCCCCGCCGUUCCACCCCGCCCGCCAUUCGCUCCUCCGCCCGUGCGCUCUCCCUCGUUUACUUCUCCUCCCCCCCUUCCCUCCUCUGCUGCACGCCUCUUCCUUCCCUCGCCGACCCACUCCACUCCCUGCCCCUCCUCAAUCCGCACCCUGCCCCUCGUAUCUCGCCCCCUAUGCUUGGUUCUUAUCCCCUCCCUGCCCCUCGCGCGCCUUUUCUCCGCUCCCACCUCCCCCCUCUCCUGCUCCCCCACUCUCCCCCCCUUGCCCUUGGCUUCCUACCUCCCUGCCCCACCCUUUCCCCCUCCGUGUGCUCAGCUUCUCACCUCCCUGCCCCUCCCUCCCUCCCCGCCCUGCCCCUCAUUUUCCGCCCCCCACGCCCGGUUUCUCCCCUCCCCGCGCCUCCUUUCUUUCUCCGUGCCUCUCCUUUGCUCCCUCCCCUGCCCCCGCCUGCCCAUGCCCCUGUCUUUGGCUUCUCCCCUCCCUGCCCCACGUUUCCUCCCUCCCUGCCCCCCCUCUGCCCCUCCCGUUGUUUUCCCCUCACCCAUUGCUUCUCCCUCCCUGCCCUUGAUUUCCCCGCACCCCUGCCCUUGUUUCCUACCAUCCAUGCCCCUCGUUUCCCCCCUUUGUACGUUCAGGCCAUCUUCCCUCCCUGCCCCUCCCGCUCCGCCCGCCCCUGCCCUUUGCGUUCCCCUCGUUACGCUCCCUCUCCCCAUCCCUGCUGCCCUCUGGGGCCACCAUCAGCCCCAUCCGCACCACCAGGCCCCCCCUCCGCACCCCUUCCUCUCCCUCUCCCCCCCUCCCCUUCCUCUCUCUCUCUCGUCUCUCUCUCGUCUCUCUCUCUCUCUCUCCUCUCCUCUCUCUCUUCUCAUCUUUCUCACACACACACGCACACUCCCCUCCCCACCCCCCCACCCACGUCCUCCCAUUCCGCCCCUCCCUGCCCCUUUCCCACCCCCUCGCACGCCCCUCACCUCCCACCUCCGUGCAACUGGUUUCCCCCCUAUGGUGCCUCCCUUGCAUCGCUCGCCCCGCUGCUCACCCUCUGCCCGCCCCUUUUCCGUGCCCUCAGCUGGCCCAGCCCCUGCCCGUUGCUGCCCCUCCCCUUGCCCCCUCAACUCCCCUGCCCCCCGUACACCCCAGUCCCAUCCAACCGCCCCCACCCUCCCCCGGCUGCCCGUUUCCGCUCUCCACCCCCGCGACCGUGUGCGGCUUCCAACCGCCCAACGGUGUCACACCCCCUGCCUCCUCAUGCCAUCCGCUCCCCCCCGCCCCCACCCUCCGCGUGCCCGCUCCCUUGCCGCCUCUUUUGACCCUCCCUGCCCCCCUCGCCGUUUCCCACCGCCCGCCAUUCGCUCCUCCCCGCCCGUGCGCUCCCCUCGUUUACCUUCUCCUCCCCCCCUCCCUCCUCUGCUGCACGCCUCUUCCUUCCCCUCGCCGACCCACUCCACUCCCUGCCCCUCCUCAAUCCGCACCCUGCCCCUCGUAUCUCGCCCCCCUAUGCUUGGUUUCUCCCCUCCCUGCCCCUCGCCGCCUUUCUCCGCUCCCCACCUCCCCCCUCUCCCUGCUCCCCCACUCUCCCCCCUUGCCCUUGGCUUCCUACCUCCCUGCCCCACCUUUCCCCCCUCCGUGUGCUCAGCUUCUCCCCUCCCUGCCCCUCCCUCCUCCCCGCCCUGCCCCUCAUUUUCCGCCCCCCCACGCCCGGUUUCUCCCCUCCCCGCGCCUCCCUUUCUUUCUCCGUGCCUCUCCUUUGCUCCCUCCCUGCCCCGCCUGCCCAUGCCCCUGUCUUUGGCUUCUCCCCUCCCUGCCCCACGUUUCUUCCCUCCCUGCCCCCCCUCUGCCCCUCCUUGUUUUCCCCUCACCCAUUGCUUCUCCCCUCCCUGCCCUUGA